AUGCAUUUCAUAUAUAAAAUAAUAAUAACUUUGUUAUCCCUAUAUCUUAGUUCAUCAUCAGCUGAUGUUUCUAUAUCAACCCCUGAAGCAGGUAGUUCAUAUUCUGGUUCAGGUGGAGCAGCUGUAAUCGAUGUCACUUGGGUCGAUAGUUCAGCUGAUGCUACUGAUAUGUUUUCUUUAAAAAAUGCACAAACCUAUACAAUUUUAUUAUGUACUGGUUCAAACCUUGAGAUUCAAUGUGAUAAUAAUAACCCAUUAUUAUCAAAUGAAGCACUUACAACUGAUAGUUAUAAAGUAUCAAUUAAACAAAAUCUUUAUCCAAAUGGUAAUUAUUUCCUUCAAGUUUAUACUGUUUUCGCCCAAAAGGCAACAACUACCCAUUAUUCAGGAAGAUUUACUUUAACUGGUAUGACUGGAGCAACAGCAACUUGGGUUGUAACUGUUACUGGUGCUGCACCUGCUGCUCAAACAUCUGGUAACGCUAUAACUACAACUUUUGCCUCAUCAUUAUUUUCUAUACCUUAUACCCUCCAAACAGAUAAAACAAGAUAUGCUCCAAUGCAAACUCAACCUGGAUCUCAAGUAACUGCAACAACUUGGUCAGCAAAAUAUCCUACUAGUGCGGUCACUUAUUAUUCAACUAUUGCUGGAUCUCCUGUAGUUUAUUCAACAAUUACGCCAGGGUGGGAUUAUACUCCUUCAUCAUUGGUUAAUUGGGCAACUGUUGCAACUUAUCCUAAUUAUUAUUAUCCAGCUUCUUCAAGAGUUAGUAAGGCUACUUUAAGUUCAGCUGCUAAGAAGAGAAGAUGGUUAGAUUAA